AUGGAAGUGGCAGGUGGCGAGAACGUGCGCUGCUCGCGCCGUUCAGCCCUCUUAGCGCCAGAGCAGCUCAUCAUUAGGAUGGUGUGGCCCGCGGAGACAGGGCCUUUUCCCGCAAAACCAGGCGAUUGUUUAAAGAAGUUACAAGACAAAAUGAGGAGAAUGCUGAGAGAUUUUGUGGGAAAGAGGAGACACUGCCCCUUUAAGGGACAAAACAACGCAUGUCAGGUCUCUUAUAAGCGCUUCAGGAGGCGGAUCAUCAGGCGGAGCAGUUUUGAUGGUGCUGGUCCUGCAGCCAGUACACCGCUGGUCACUGGGCGGCAGUGUGAGCUCAGCUUUGAGUUUGACACAGUCUGUCAGAGACUCGAGCUGGAGUCACCACCGAGACACCGUGAACCAGCAGAGAGAGACCUGCAUGGAAAACUACAAGAGACGGCAUCAGUGGGAGGAGUGUCCCACUGCAGGACUGUCACACCACCAAACACGCCAUGCACCUUCACUGCCAGGGGACGGCCUGCCAUAGAAAAAGCCCCAGAACAGGGGUGGGUAUGGAGAGCUGCUGUUCAAGAACCUGGAAAUGCCCAACAAGCUGGUUCUCACGAGAGAAGACAUGCUUUGCAGCCAUUUGCAGUUUUGGACAAAGCUGUGAGUCUGCGAGGACAGUCAGUAAUAAAGUUAGCGGCACCAUCACUGCUGAAUGACUUCUACACUGAUCUCCUCGACUGCAGUAGUAAGGGUUUUGUUGCAUUAGCGCUGGGCUCUUCUGUUUACCUCUGGAAUUCAGAAACUUGUGCUCUGGUGGGAUAUUUGGACCCGAGUCCACAACCCGGCAGGCCGCACAACCAGACACAGUCCAUCUCGUGUCUGAGCUGGAGCAGAGAUGGCCGCGUUCUGUGCGUUGGGACAAGGCGAGGGGAGAUACAGUUGUGGGAUGUUGAACACAAGAAGUGUAUGAGGUGUCUGCCAUCCCACACGUCUGUGGUCAGAGCUCUUUCCUGGAAACAGCAGUUACUCAGCAGCGGCUCCCUUCUCGGACAUAUCCAUCACCUCGACCCUCGGGCUCAAACAUCUCUGGUGGGCGCAGCCGUCCAGAAGGAGGCGAUCUGCAGCCUUCAGUGGUCACCAGGAGACGAAUGGCUGGCCAGCGGCUCCUCAGAAGGCCUCCUCCGUGUUUGGGAUAGAGACAUUGCAGGGCUCACUAGGUCACGUCAGCCAGUCACUACAGUGAAACAGCCCAGUGGUGUUAAGGCGAUGGGAUGGUGUCCAUGGCAGAGAAAGAUGAUCGCCACAGGAGGCGGAUGGAAAGACGGAGAGCUAAGAAUCUGGGACACAGAUUCGGGGACUUGUGUGACUUCUGCCUACACAAAUUCACAGAUCUGUUCUCUACAAUGGGCUGAAAAGAGGAGAUAUCUGGUCACAGGUCACGGCCUUCCUCAUCAUCAAGUUCACUGCUGGUCCUGGGAGUCUCCCUCCCUCAGCCCCGUCGACAAGCUCACAGGUCAUUCCAACCGAGUCCUGCACUUGGCCUUAAACCCUGAAAACACUCAGAUUUUCUCUGCUGGAGCAGACCAGCAGUUUCACAUCUGGAACAUGUAAUUAUCAACAUCACUGAACGUUGUCGGUGAAUGUUGUUGGAGUGUAAAACCUGUCCACAGAUAAGCAGCUUUCAUGGUAAUGCCACUGUGUUUUCUCCCCCCUUCUCUGAAAUAACCACAAUGAGAUGUUAUAAACCACAAUAAAACUAGGCUAUGAUAGUUCAUGCACCACAGUUUCAGGGUUAAAUACCACAAUAAAAGGUUACUUAAAUUCUAUACAAUAUGUUACUUUAUUAACUGCAGAUAAGUCUUAAAGCC